CAAGAACACAGCUGAGAGAAGUUCAGACACAAAGAGCAAAGAGGAACAAGAGACAUUUGCUUCAUACAGGUCAUGGAGAGAUCGUCCACAGUCAGCCAACAUGUCCGACAGAAGCAUCAUGGAAAGAAAAAGGAGGUGGAUGACAAACAGGAUGGGAAACUACCGGUGGAGCAGGGGACCGUAGAUCAGGGUAACAAGACGUUAACAGACCGGAAAGCGAUGGCAGGAGAGGCUUUGUACAGGAGGAACAUCCGGGAGCCGAGUGUUUACUACGCGCUGGAGAAGGAGUCUUUCUAUAUUGCAGGUCAUGACAUCAGCAUCCGCGAGUCUGUGGACACUUUUGGUGCUCUGAUCUGGCCCGGGGCGAUAGCUUUGAGCCAGUUCUUGGAGAAUAACCAGCAACAAGUGAACCUGAAGGACAAAGUGGUGCUGGAGAUUGGAGCUGGGACGGGCUUGCUCUCAAUAGUGGCCAGUCUGCUUGGUGCUUUGGUGACCGCUACUGACCUGCCAGACAUCUUGUCCAAUCUGACCUUUAACCUUCUGCGGAACACCAAGGGCCGGUCCCGCUACACCCCUCAGGUAGCUGCCCUUACCUGGGCUCAGGACCUGGAGCGAGACUUUCCCUACCCGUCCCACCACUACGACUACGUGCUCGCAGCUGAUGUGGUCUAUCCCCACGGCUGCCUCGAAGAGCUGCUGGAAACCAUGCGACACUUUUGCCGACCGGGAAGUCACACAACGCUGCUGUGGGCCAACAAGAUCCGGUUUGAGUCAGACUUGAGGUUCACAGAGUGUUUUGAGAGCAGUUUCAACGCCACGCCGGUCGUUGAGCUCCCACAGCAGGAGGUGAGGAUAUACAAGGCCACGGCGAAAGAGUGACAGGGAGAGCUUCAGGAGGUGGAGAUUCCUGAGAUGUUUAAGGUUUUGUGUUUAAAUUUUGAAGAAAUUCCAUUUUCCGCUCGCUGAUUUAAUGUGGAGAAAUGUCUGGUUUUGAUCUGUGUUUACACCAAUGGUGUAGACUUUGUUAAGAAUUGGGACAUGUCCCUACCAUAUGAG